CAGGAAAGCUUCCCCCCUCCUUCCCCCAUUUUGAACUUUUGGAACACUGCUCGCAAAAGGAAUCUUUCUUUUUUUGUUGGUUGGGUUGUUGUCGCAGGCCUUUUGACUACCACCCCAGCUGUGGUGAAAGCAGCUGUUGUCGGUCACUGACAAAUUCGUGUUUCGCGAACCAGCCUCUCUGAAAUUUGGGAGAGGGCACUAGAGUUGGGUUUGCGAUUCUAUCGUCGACCGCUCGUGGUAAAAAAGAAAAAACUGACAAGGAGAGCAAUAAACUGCGAGUACCUCUAUAGCUCAUAGUUAUCCUUCCAAUUGGCGAUAUCGGCCUUGAACGCUGGUCAUGGUUGUCACAAAGGCACACUGCUAUUAUUGCUUUGACGUUUUGGUUGCCCAUUUCGAGGGCCGACGUCCUUGUGAGCCAGAGUUUCAGAACGAGCAAUAUCCUCUGUUCGUCACCUGGAAUACAAUACAAGAGGACGGAUCUCAUCGUUUGCGAGGAUGCAUUGGCAACUUUGAUGCUCUUCCCCUUCACUCGGGGUUGAAGGAGUAUGCGCUGACGAGCUCGCUCCGCGACCGACGCUUUUCACCUGUAAAGGAACGAGAACUUCCCAAUCUCAGCUGUGGCGUAUCACUUCUCACCGAAUUUGAAGACGGCAAAGACUAUUUGGACUGGGAAAUUGGAACCCAUGGGAUAUGGAUUGAAUUCCGUACCGAUAGUGGAAGUCGGAGGUCUGCGACGUAUUUGCCGGAAGUUGCUGCCGAACAAGGAUGGACAAAGCUCGAGGCCAUCGAUUCUCUUCUUCGAAAGGGUGGUCAUACUGGAAAGAUCACAGAUAAACUACGAAAGUCUAUCCAGCUGACGCGCUAUCAAUCUUCGAAAACGGCAGUAACGUACUCGGAUUAUGUGCAGUGGAAAGGUAGCAAACCGCACAGGGUGGACACAGGGUAUAGUGAACAAUAUGCAAAUUGAUGGAAAACGACGUGGGUUGCGUUUGUGCAUAUGUAGAGGGAAUUGAAAGAGGUGCGUUCUCUCCUGGGGAGAAUUUUUUUAGAUGAUAGGAUCGUGCAGCAGCAGCAGCAGAAUACUUUUGGGAUGCUUUGAUUUGUUGGGAUUGGGAUGUCAGUGCAGUUCUGUGGAUCUAUUAACUGUGCUGCCAAGUGUGUUGCAUUGCAUUUGCUGCUCUGCGGAGAAUUUUUGAAAUUGCUACCUACUUUUGUGUGUGUGUCGCUAAACGAAAGCGUAGAAUGGAAAGGGAAAAAUUGCAACCUAUUGCUUUCACUUUUAGAAUAUACAAUUCAGCACCCUCUCCCCGUCUGUAUCUC